AUGAGUUGGGGACAAUGGUGGCCUCACGAUCCGGUAGUAAAAACGGAUUUAGUUGAUCCUUACCUUGUUAAAGUAGAAAAAAAAAAGGUUUAUUGGUAUUGUACUUGCGGUACUAGUAAAAUUCAACCAUGGUGCGAUGGAUCACAUAAAGGAACAGGAUUUAAGCCAUUAAUGUAUAUUCCUCAAUCUAGUGGGUAUAGACUUUUAUGUGGAUGCAAACAAAGCUUACAUAAACCACACUACGAUUUUACUGACUUAUGGGUUCGAGCAAAUAGAAAUGUUCCUAAAGCUGCUUUAUUUACAUAUGUUGCACUUUUUUCGUUUGGUAUUAUGACAACAUGGUUAUUUCAUCCAUAA